UCUUUCUAAUAUACUACUGUGAUAUACUAUUGUACAGUUAGAAAUAGAAUAUUUCUAAUAUACUGGGUAAGACUACUUCAAUUGCUUGCUUAUAGUAGCAUAGUUAACUACACAAACAAACAAACAAAAAACAAGAAGAGCAUAGAGUUUGGUGGUUAAGACUGAAGAUUCUGCAGCCAGACUAACCAGGUUUGAAUCUCCGCUCCAUCACGUACUAGCUGGGUGAUCACAGCUAAGUGAUUUAGCUUUCCUAGGCCUCAGUUUUCUCACGUGUAAAGCGGGGGUAAUUAUAGUACCUAUGCACCAGGUUGUGAGGAUCAAAUGGGGUAAUGCAUACAAAGCACUUAGAAUACUGUAAGUGCUUCAAGUCACAGGGUCACAAGAACUAAAAAAGCCUGCAAACCAAGCACUUUCUCUGUGACCCUGAAUCAAAGAGUUAAUAGCUUUGUAGGGUACUCUGUUAUUUCAGAAUUUUUUUCAGCUUUUUUAACUAUUUAUUUUACCUUUUCACUUACCUUCCUCAGUGUAGAAAACAUGGGAAGUACAAAACAGUGAGGGUAGGGGUUUUAUAAUCCUACUGCCAAGCUAUCCUUGCCUACAUUUUGCUGUGUUUCCCUUCAAUCUUUUCUAUUUUUCUUUCCAUACUUAAUUUUAUGUUUUAUAUUCUCAUUUUCUUCUUGGUAAUAAAGGUUAUCUCCCAUGUCAAUAAUGUUUGCGGUAAUGAAUUAGAUUUUCUUGGGUGUAGAGACCCAUUGUCAUCUUUGACUUCUAUCCAGGGCCUUGGUUUGCACCUGAUAGUAAGUUUACUGAUUUGAACUGGACAGUUUUGGGCUGCAAUUCAUGAAGAGCAGCAUGGUUGUUCCUGGCUGUCUUGAUUGACAUGGAGGAAGGGGUAGUAAAUGAACUUCUGCAGGGACCAUUGAGAGAUGUGUUUGAUAGCAAGCAGCUCAUCACUGAUAUUUCUGGCUCAGGCAAUAAUUGGGCUGUGGGGUACAAAGUUUUUGGCAGUCUUUAUCAAGAACAGAUUUUAGAGAAACUCAGAAAGUCGGCAGAGCACUGUGAUUGUUUGCAGUGUUUUUUUAUAAUACAUUCCAUGGGAGGAGGAACAGGAUCUGGACUUGGCACAUUUCUUUUAAAUUUGCUUGAGGAUGAAUUCCCAGAAGUAUACAGAUUCGUGACAUCAGUUUAUCCUUCUGGUGAGGAUGAUGUCAUAACCUCACCUUACAAUAGCAUCUUGGCAAUGAAGGAACUUAAUGAGCAUGCAGACUGUGUGUUGCCCAUUGACAACCAAUCUUUAUUUGACAUCAUUAGCAAAAUUGACCUCAUGGUGAAUUCUGGAAAGUUGGGCACAACUAUAAAGCCAAAGAGUCUGGUUACUUCAAGUGCUGGGGCUGUCAAAAAGUGGCACCAGAGGCCCUUUGAUGCAAUGAACAACAUUGUGGCCAAUUUGCUGCUGAACCUAACAAGCUCUGCAAGGUUUGAAGGGUCCCUUAAUAUGGACCUUAAUGAAAUCAGCAUGAAUUUAGUUCCUUUUCCUCAACUGCAUUAUCUUGUGUCAAGCCUAACACCUCUAUAUACACUGGCAGAUGUUAACAUUCCUACCCGAAGGUUGGAUCAGAUGUUUUCAGAUGCCUUUAGUAAAGAUCACCAGCUAAUUCGGGCUGACCCCAAACAUAGUCUCUACCUUGCCUGUGCCCUUAUGGUUAGAGGAAAUGUACAGGUUUCAGAUCUUCGCAGAAAUAUUGAAAGAUUAAAACCUUCUCUACAGUUUGUCUCCUGGAAUCAAGAAGGAUGGAAAACCAGCCUGUGUUCAGUCCCUCCUGUGGGCCAUUCCCAUUCAUUAUUAGCUCUAGCAAAUAACACAUGCGUGAAGCCUACCUUCAUGGAACUGAAAGAGAGAUUCAUGAGGCUCUACAAGAAAAAGGCUCAUCUUCAUCACUAUCUACAAAUUGAAGGGAUGGAAGAAAGCGGUUUCAUGGAAGCUGUGUCAUCUUUAUCAGGGCUCAUAGAGGAAUACAACCAACUGGAUGCCACGAAAAGCAUGCCUGUGGAAGAUUUUCCUAGACUAAGCAUAGCUGUGUAA